CACCAGUACACAGAUGAAGGAACUGAGGAGGGUGGUGGGAGUCGAAUGGGGGGAGGGAAACGAAGAGGAGGAAGAAAAGACGACGAAAGGAUGCGGACGACGACACAGGGUGAAGUGGUUUUGUUCUCUUCGCACCAUCCGUCAGCCGCGGAAUGCCACCAGGAGAAUCCGAAGCAACAAAUACCUCCCCCUGAAAGACUUUCGUCUCUUCUUCCUUUUCUCCUGUCUUCUAUUCUCUUGUACCACUCUCAGAGCCUGGCAGAUACCGUCAAAUACCACUUCUAUCUCUAUCCGCACUCAUGUCUCUGGCACCGUGUCUUGAGGAUUACAAUUGGCCAACACCAGAAUUCGAGACGUUUCUUGCUUAUACGGACCUUACCUCUCUCGACAGGCACAGCUGCAUGUCGAGAGCUCGAGAUGAUCUCUCUCCAAAUUUCCCCUCGACGGCUUCAUAUCAAAUCCAACCCAGGCGUUCCGCAAUUGAUGCGCCGUCAUCUAUCAGUCGCUUAUCCUGCCCGACAAGAUGACUGCUUCUACGUGGACCAGGAAAUGGAAUAUUUCCUGUUCAUAUAUCCCGCAAUCCCCGGCGAAAAUUUUGAGAUUCAGGACAACUCGUUGACCAACACUCCAGAUGACGACUUUGCAAAAUGCCAACGCCAACGACCUUCCUUCCACCGCGGAAGGAUAUUGCCGUACCAAGCGAUCCGUCACAGCCUCCCGGCCACAUGGAACGGCGGCCUCCUCAGAGUACUCGUAACAGCGGUCAAAACUGAUAUCGGGGAAGCCAAGGCAGGAAAAUCCCGAUCAGAGAUGAAGUUGAUUUAG